GAAUUGACUGAUAAAAUUAUGUUGGUAUCACAUUGAUAACGAUAACGUCGCUGUCAGUUACUAUAGCUGUUACUUGAUAGAAUUAGGUUCACCUAUGACUAUCAAAAGAGAUAAGUUUUGAGCGCGAUCUCAGAAGUCAGACCUAGAUGCUGUGAGUGCGCACGUCUAUGCACUUCAUUCUAUUGGUUAUAUCCAAAUAAUUAUUUAUAUUAUUAAAAUUAUUUUUUUACCAUAACAAUGGCUGAGGGACAAAUAAAGAAUCGUGUUUGUAUUGUCGGUUCAGGAAAUUGGGGUUCUGCAAUUGCUAAGAUUGUUGGGCGCAAUGCAGCACGCCUUCCUAAUUUCGAGGACAGGGUUACUAUGUGGGUGUAUGAGGAGAUGAUUGAAGGGAAAAAGCUUACAGAGAUUAUAAACGAAACCCAUGAGAAUGUAAAAUAUUUACCUGGACACAAGCUACCUGCUAAUGUUGUUGCCGUACCAGAGCUAGUAGAUGCAGCUAAAGAUGCAGACUUAUUAAUAUUUGUUGUUCCUCACCAAUUUGUACGAACCAUAUGCUCUACUUUAUUAGGUAAAAUAAAACCUACAGCAGCUGCACUUUCACUUAUUAAGGGCUUUGACAUUGCGGAGGGCGGUGGCAUUGACUUGAUCUCGCAUAUCAUUACGAGAUGCCUGAAAAUUCCUUGUGCCGUCUUAAUGGGUGCCAACAUUGCUUCAGAGGUCGCCGAAGAGAAAUUCUGCGAAACGACUAUCGGCUGUCGUGAUGUGAUGCUAGCUCCAAUGAUGAGGGACAUCAUACAGACUGAGUAUUUCCGGGUCGUGGUCGUCGACGACGAGGACGCGGUCGAGAUCUGCGGGGCCUUGAAGAAUAUUGUCGCGGUCGGCGCGGGUUUUGUAGAUGGUCUCGGUUUCGGCGACAACACGAAGGCCGCGGUCAUCAGACUGGGUCUCAUGGAGAUGAUCAAGUUCGUGGACGUCUUUUAUCCUGGAAGUAAAUUGAGCACCUUCUUCGAGUCAUGUGGCGUCGCUGAUCUUAUAACCACGUGUUACGGUGGCAGAAAUAGAAGAGUGGCCGAAGCAUUCGUGAAAACCGGUCGUUCCAUCAAAGAGUUGGAAGAUGAGAUGCUAAACGGCCAGAAGCUUCAGGGACCCAUCACUGCCGAGGAGGUCAACCACAUGCUUGCCAACAAGAACAUGGAAAACAAAUUCCCCCUUUUCACGGCUGUUUUCCGCAUCUGCCGAGGAGAGCUGAAGCCAAGUGACUUUAUCGACUGCAUUCGCAGCCAUCCGGAACACAUGAAGCAAAUGGCGCCCAAAUGCUCUCUGUGAUUCGAGUGAAGUCUCCAUGUUGUUGCCAUCAUCAUGAUCGCAUCGUGUCUGCACUUGCAUUUAUCAUUAUUUGACGUUUUCCAACAGAUAACUAAAGUUUUAAGUUAAAUUAGCUAUAAAAUAUAUUUGCCUUUAGGAAUACUAUAUUAAUAAAUUGAUUCAAUAAUUGCAAUAUUCACAUAUCUCGUAGGUUGGUAAGUUUUAACUUCAUAUUUUUAUUACAAUCUCUCGAAAGGCAGCUUAACUAACUGAUUUGACUUGUAACAGAUAGAACAUUAUAAAAACAAUGUGUUGUUCUCGUAAUGUAAGUUGCAAAACGUCAGACAUCAAAUUAAAUCAGAUGCACAUACUUCAUUUGUACUUUAAUAAUGUAUUUUUAUCGUUUGUUAUUGUUAAUCCGGUUUUAAACUAUAAUGUUUUUUUUUUUGUUUUCCAAUUUAAUUCGCUUUGAAAACAAUAGCUUUUAACGUGAUUUAUAUAUAAAGAUGGAGAUAUAAUGAGGUUAGGCUGCAGCUUGAAUAUAGUGGCAGAAAAUUCCAAUUCAUUUGUUACAAGUAUAGCUAUACUGCAGCGAUUGAUUAUGAAAAAAAAAUUAUUAAAGCACUGGUCGUUAGGAAUUUGAUCGAAAUUUGAUAGACAAAUUAUUGAUUCAAAAUGAUUUGUUACACAGUUAGGUGGUGUCGUUACAGUGCUUCGAAACUGACACCCUAAAUAGCGGAUUUUUUAAUAGUGUAACUAAUUUGCUACUCCCCAGUUUGAUAACAACAGCUAAUUGAUUGAUAAUAAUAUACAAAAUAAAUCUAAUUGAAGACAUGACUAGGUUAAGGUGAUCUGUAACAUUUGUAAUAAUUAUUUUUGUCGUAAGUUCUUACUAUUCUCCAAUUAUCAAACUAGAUGUCCAGGUAUGGCAACAUUCGUCACAAUAAUAAUAAAUAUGAGAUGAUUUUACCGAAAUUCCUAUACAAUUUAAAACUCAUGGCGACGACUGCGAUUUUUAAAGAGACGUCAUACUUGUAGGAAACGAAUUAGAAUUUAUUUUCACUAUCUUCGGAUUAAAUAUUGCAAAAGCAAUAUUAACUGCUUGUUAAGUAAGGUCAUUGUCUAGUCUGGGAUACAAUAAAAAUAUACGGGAAAUCGUCAA